CGACGUCAAGAUGUUAUCGGACAUUUUAGACGGAAGAUCAGGGAAAUAGAGUUAGAAGAAUUCCGACUCUUGAGCGCACAGCUAUGGAUUCAAAAUCGAUGUUGCCGGUCCUUUUGCUUAUUUGCUGUGCUUUUGCUGAAGAUGUCUCCAAACAAGGUCGAGGUUUUGCUGGAAUUAAGAUUGAGAAUAAAGUGACUCUUGAUUCUGUAGCGUCAGCUACACUGAAAAGCGGUCUUACCACCGUGUUCUUCCCGAUCAUCUACACCCUUGUGUUUGUGGUUGGGCUAACUGCGAAUGGGAUGGCCGUAUGGGUGUUCCUCUUCAGGACCAAGAAGAAGCACCCUUCCUCCAUCUACAUGGCCAACCUUGCCUUGGCUGACCUCCUGUUUGUUAUUUGGAUGCCUCUGAAAAUUUCCUACCACAUAAAUGGGAACAACUGGAUAUAUGGGGAGCCCCUGUGCAAAAUCUUUGUGAGCUUCUUCUAUGGGAACAUGUACUGUUCUGUGCUCUUCAUCACCUGCCUCAGCAUACAGAGGUACUGGGUCGUGGCACACCCGAUGUCUACACAAAAGAAGAACAACAAAGUCGCCAUUGGUGUCUGUUUGGCUGUCUGGGCUUUCAUUUGGAUUACUUCCAUUCCUCUGUACCUGUAUGAUCACACAGUUAAGAUUGAAGACAUGAACAUAACAACCUGCCAUGAUGUGAACGUAAUAGAUGUCAAUGAUCCACAGUCUUCUGUCAAGCACGCGCUCUUCUACUUCAUGUUCAUGAGCACAGUCUCGUUCUUUGUCCCUUGCAUAGUGAUCGUUGUGGCGUACAUCUUGUUACUGAAAACUCUGGGGGACAACGUGAUAGACAGCACAGCAGCAAAGUCACGAAAAAAAGCCAUUGUUUUGAUCUUUGUUGUCCUGGUGACCUUCCUCAUUUGCUUCAUCCCCAGCAACUUCAUGCUGGUGGUGCACUACGCCCUGCUGAACGGUGGAGAAACGAACAAUGGCUACGGCGUUUACAUCACAUCGCUGUGUCUGACGAGUCUCAACAGCUGCCUGGACCCUUUCAUCUACUACUUUGUGUCAGACGAGUUCAGGGAGCACGUUAGGAACACGCUGCUGUGCCGAAGCAACCGAACUGUGGAACGGGAGAAGGCCACGUUCAGCUCCAUGAAGUACUCAAAGAAGAGCAAAUCGUUUGUGUCAGGGAGCAGCAACACGGAGAGCAGCCACUGUUAGAGACUCUUGGAGAUAAGAUGGCGCAGCGGGCCACAAUGUUGGUGCUUUCACUCUUCUGCACUGAUGUAGUCCACCCAAAGUCGGCUCAUUACUCAACCAAAGAUUAACUUUAAAAGGGCUGAAUUUUGCUGCAGUUUAUGUGUGUGACUUUGUGAAUGUGUGUGUCAAAAUGUGAAUCAUGAAAUGUUUUAAUGUUAUAUUCUGUAUAAAUAGAUGGAAAAGUAAGGAGGUCAACUGUUAAAGACACAUCAAUCAAGCUUUUCUUGGCCGAGACUAAUUUACGAUGUUUAAGGUCUGACCUGCUGAAUCCGAUGUUUAAAAAUGUUUUUCUAAGUACUAUAACUCAUAAAAGAGAACAAAAAAAACUAUUUGGAGGUUCUCUAAUAAAAGUUACAGUUCUGAAUCCAACAGAAAUGAAAAAAAAUGUAAAAAUGAUCACCAUUUAUGCAUCGAAGCAUAUAUCUCUAACCUUUGUCUAAGUUUUUCUAAGCUCAGAAAAACACCCGCUGUUGGUUGAUGAGUUGAUGGACUGAAGAAAGGCGGGCAUUCUUAGCUUUGAUGCAUUUGACGAAUACGAAUCAAGUUUUUCCACAUUUGUCCUGCUGAUAACCAAUCAGAGCUGAUUACAGUGUGAUUUCCAUUUCUGGAUGAUUGAUUUAGUCUGAUUAAAGUAAUUGAGCCAGAAAGUACAGACAUAUUUAUUUCUUUUAUUCAUGUUUUUUGUGACCUGUUUGAUAUUUUCUUGCAGAUGUUUAAACAAAUUUUAAACCUGUUUUUAAAGAUUUGAGAUUGUUACAUAUUUUCUUAAAUAAACAGAACCAAACACAGUUACUGUGAAACUCCA